AUGUGCAAGGGGUUCGUGUAUGAGGCUAAUCAUUCUACGAGAUUCGACUUGUAUUGCAGUUCGAUUACUGAGCCUUUCACACACGGAUGCCAUCCUCAUCCCUUACUCUACAUCAAAGUGGAUCAUGAUGAGAUUAUCAAGACAUGCCAAGGUUGUGGGAUAUGCGCAAAAGAAAUGGUUCUAGGUUGCACCAAAUGCAAAUUCUAUGUGGACUUUCGUUGCGCAACACUUCCACUAACGGUGAGGCUUGGCAGGUAUGAUGAUCACCCACUCACUCUUUGCUACGGUGAGAAAGCAAGCGGAAAGUAUUGGUGUGAUAUUUGCGAAGGAGAGACAGAUCCAGAGACUUGGUUCUAUACUUGUAUGGAUUGCGGAGUCACGUUGCAUGUUUUAUGUGUGUUUGGGGAUCUCAGGUACGCCAAAGCAGGAGAACAGAUUGAUGACGGGAUUGUAUUGGCGUCUAACAGUAGAUCUUCACGACCAGUUUGCAACAACUGUCAUUGCCACUGCCCAGGACCUCUCACUCUCAAGAAUUGUAACCAAAACGUAUACUUCUGUUCUUUGUAUUGUGUCGUUAGUUCCAAAUAUUCGUGGAGGUGGAACAUGACUCAUCUCAGCGUCCCUCCAUGGCUGAAUCAACCCAGUACUUGA